GCAGCAGACGCAUCCACCGCCAAUCACACAGGCCAGCUCAACAGGUUAAGCUCCUGCAUCGACCAUGAAGAUGCCACGGCCAUCGCCGGCGCCGCUCCUGCUCUCGGCCAUCUCGCUGCUCGUGCUGGCCUGGCCGGCUUCGUGCGCGCACCCCGUGCUCAUCCCGGUGGCCAAGGACCCGGCCACCUCCCUCUACACCAUCCUCGUCAGGGACGGCGCCAACCACCUCGUCGACCUCGCCGGCCCUCUCCUCUGGUCCACGUGCGCCGCUGACCACUCGCCGGCGGCCUUCUCGUGCAAUGCCACAGAGUGCAGGCACGCCACAGCCUACCGCGCCCCGAGCUGCCGCAUCGCAGGGCAGCCCUGCAAGAAGAAGUGCAAGGCGUACCCGUACAACCCCAUCACCGGGCAGUGCGCCGCCGCGGACCUGAUCCACACCAGGCUCAUCGCCAGCACCACCGACGGCAAAAACCCGCUGCAGCAGGUCUCGGUCCGGGCCGUGGCGGCGUGCGCUACCGGGAACAUCCUGGCGUCGCUGCCGGCGGACGUCACGGGCGUCGCGGGGCUCUCGGCGUCCGGCUUGGCGCUGCCGGCGCUGAUCGCGGCGAACCAUCGCGUCGCCAGGAAGUUCUUGCUCUGCCUCCCGCGGCGCGGCGAGGGCGUGGCGAUCUUCGGUGGCGGCCCGCUGUUCCUCCUCCCGCAGUCGGACGUGGGCGACCUCACGACGACGCUGGCGUUCACCGCGCUCCGCAGCAGGAAAGACAACCCCCUGUACUACAUCCCGGUAAAUUCAAUCGCCGUGAACAAGGCGCCGGUGCCGCUCCCCGCGCACGCGCUCGCCGGCGGCGGCGUCGUGCUCUGCAGCCGGGUUGCGUUCACGGCGCUCCGGCCGGACGUGUACCGCCCGUUCGUGGACGCGUUCGACCGGGCCCUGGCACGGAACGACGCCAAGGUCCCGGCGGUGGCGCCCUUCGAGCUCUGCUACCGAUCGAGCAUGCUGGGGAACACGCGGAACGGCUACGCUGUGCCAGACAUCGCCCUGGUGCUCGAGGGUGGGAAGAGCUGGACGUUCGUGGGCAGCAACUCCAUGGUGGAUGUGAACGGGCAGACGGCCUGCUUCGCCUUUGUCGAGAUGAAGGGGGUGAAAUCCGGGGACCCCAGCGCCGCGGCGGCGGUGAUCGGAGGGUUCCAGAUGGAGAACCACCUGCUGCAGUUCGACCUGGAGAGCAAGCAGCUUGGGUUCGCCAAGGUGCCGUUCUUCUCUGCGUGCAGUAACUUCAACUUCACCAAGAGUCAGCAUUAAACGUGGAUUGUGGUAAGCUAGUGUCGGCACAGAUUCUGGUCAACUGGAUAGUCCAGUGGAUUCUUCUCCUUCUCGAACCUCGAUCAUGGCAUGUUAGUGACCUGCCAAGUCUGUAACCUGUUUAAGUGCUUGCUUGGUUUAAUAAUCAUGUGCAUCUAUGACAAAUUU